UGGGAAAUGUAGUUCGGCCACGCCGCCCUCCGCUCCUUCCUGUAAUGGCUGCUUCCUGGAAGGCGCUGUCACGUGGAACCUCUUAGCCUCCGCAUUCCGAACUCCAGGAAGGAGUAUUUCAAGUCAGGUAGAGUUACACAUAUAUCUUUCUUUGAAACCUUCAGCACUCAAGAUCCAGCCAUCUCAAGGUCCCAGCAUCAUGACCUCAGUUCCAGCACAAUUGCUCCUAGUCCUCCUUUCACUGCUUUUGGGGCUGCCUGCUGUUGAAGCAGUAGAAGCUGGAGAUGCAAUCGCUCUUUUCUUAGGUGUGGUUCUCUCCAUUACAGGCAUUUGUGCUUGUUUAGGGGUAUAUGCACGAAAGAGAAAUGGAGAGGUGUAACAAAAGAGAAAUGGAGAGGUGUGACUUCGAAGGGUUCGAAGGGCCUCCUGAAUCAAGCCUUGCCCUGAAAACAUUUGAGCUAUUCAGGUUAAAAACUGAGCUUUGGAGUCUGAAAGUUCCCAAGAAACAGUACAUAGGGUAAUUUUACAUUCUUAAGUUUCCCUAUAAAUGGGAAUAAAUUGAUAGAUGUUAAAUGGAAAAAAAUUCUUUUUCACAACAAAUAAUGCAAUGAAACAUGCAGUCUAUGAUUUAGUUGCUAGUUAGAAAGAGGGUCAAAGAAGUAAGAUGGCUGAAAUUUGCAUAAGUAAUAUUUAGGAAUCUCAAAAAUUCUCAAAGCACAUGAAAUCGGAAGAAGGAAACUCCUGCCCAGAAUCCUAGGAAGUAGCCACUAUUCUGUUGUAAUUACUGCCUCCUGCAUUAUUGAGGAGUCUUUUCUCUAUGUAUUUUUAUAUUUUUGUUUUGUUAUCUCCCAAGUUAAUAUUGUACUUAGAUAUUAGAUAUUAAAUAUAUUAAGUCAAAA